AUGUUAGCAAACACCAGUGCUUAUCAGGCGACGUCACUCACAGCUCUUGUUGCGCUGCAGGGCACGAGCAGCUGCUGCAGGCUGCUGCUGCUCCUGGCAGCCGCGGCAACCGCAGCUGCAGGAGAACAAACUUCUGCAGGCGCAGGCGUGUGCCGCUCUGAUCAGUUCAAGUGCGCCAACGGCCGCUGCAUAGACGAGGCGUGGCGGUGCGACGGAGACAACGACUGUGGCGACGACAGCGACGAGCGCGACUGCUGCACCGGAGACCACUUCGUGUGCGGCGACGGCAGAUGCAUCCACAAGCGCUGGGAAUGCGACAUCUGGAACAACAACUGCGGGGACUGGAGUGAUGAGAAGCAUUGCGUGUGCCGCUCUGAUCAGUUCAAGUGCGCCGACACCGGCCACUGCUUACUCGAGAUAUUUCGGUGCAACGGACACAAUGACUGUGGCGACGGCAGCGACGAGCGCGACUGCUGCACCGGGGAACACUUCGUGUGCGACAGCGGCAGCUGCAUCCAGAAUCGUUGGGAAUGCGACGGCGAAAACAACUGCUGGGACUGGAGUGAUGAAAAUCAUUGCGUGUGCCGCUCUGAUCAGUUCAAGUGCGCCAACACCGGCCUCUGCAUAGACGGGGCGUUGCGGUGCGAUGGAGACAACGACUGUGGCGACGACAGCGACGAGCGCGACUGCUGCACCGGAGACCACUUCGUGUGCGGCGACGGCAGAUGCAUCCACAAGCGCUGGGAAUGCGACGGCAGGGACAAGUGCGGGGACUGGAGUGAUGAGAAGCAUUGUUGCACCGGCGACCAUUUCAUGUGCAGCAACGGCAGAUGCAUCCAGAAGCGUUGGGAAUGCGACGGCUGGGACAACUGCGGGGACAAGAGUGAUGAGAAGCAUUGCGCGUGCCGCUCUGGUCAGUUCAAGUGCACCAACACCGGCCGGUGCAUAGACGAGUGGUAUCGGUGCAACGGACGCAACGACUGUGGCGAUGACAGCGACGAGCGCGAUUGCUGCACCGGAGACCACUUCGUGUGCGGCGACGGCAGAUGCAUCCACAAGCGUUGGGAAUGCGACGGCAGGAACAAGUGCGGGGACUGGAGUGAUGAGAAGCAUUGCGUGUGCCGCUCUGACCAGUUCAAGUGCGACAACAACGGCCGCUGCAUAGACGGGGCGUUGCGGUGCGAUGGAGACAACAACUGUUGGGACGAAGAAGACAGGGACGAGCGCAACUGCUGCACCGGAGACCACUUCGUGUGCGGCGACGGCAGAUGCAUCCACAAGCGCUGGGAAUGCGACGGCAGGAACAAGUGCGGGGACUGGAGUGAUGAGAAACAUUGCGUGUGCCGCUCUGAUCAGUUCAAGUGCGCCAACACCGGCCGCUGCAUAGACGAGAAGGAUCGGUGCGACGGAGACAACGACUGUGGCGACGACAGCGACGAGCGCGACUGCUGCACCGGCGACCACUUUGUGUGCGCCAACGGCAGCUGCAUCCAAAAGCGUUGGGAAUGCGAGGGCUGGCGCAACAACUGCGGGGACUGGAGUGAUGAGAAGCAUUGCGUGUGCCGCUCUGGGCAG